AUGGCGAAUACAGCUGCCAUUCUCGUUCCCACUCUCGUUGUUGGCCUUCCGCUGGGUGUGUACCUUGUCUUUUUGGGGUUGAGCGCGGUCCCCUAUUUUCAGCGAAAUUUCUUGUAUGCGCACAAAGUCCACACCCUGUGGUGGAGGGACAUCAACAAACCGGAACAAUGGGGAUUUGCGAAGAACCAAGUCACCCCUUUCCAUCUCACUACCGCCGACAAUGAGACCCUCUAUGCAUGGCACAUUCUCCCCCUCCCAAUCUACGCCCAACACGAAGCCAAACUCUCCGCCCAACCAAGCGGCAUCUCCCCCGACAUAACCGCCACAGAGAACUUCCGCCUUCUCCGUGACGACCCCACCGCCAAGCUAAUUAUCUCCUUCCACGGCAACGCCGCGCAACUCACCCAAGGCUACCGGCCCGCGCACUACCACUCCCUCACCGGCCUGCACAGCCCCUAUCACUUACUAACCCUCGACUACCGGGGCUUCGGCCUCAGCAGCGGCACACCGACCGAGACCGGCCUGAUCCGCGACGCCGAGGCGGCCGUGCGGUGGGCGGUGGACACGGCGGGCGUGGCGCCCGCGCGCAUCGUGCUGGUCGGCCACAGCCUGGGCACGGCGGUGGCGGCGGCGGCGGGCGAGCGGUUCGCGCUGCGCGAGGGUUGGGACUUUGCCGGGGUCGUGCUCGUGGCCGGGUUCAGUUCGCUGCCCGACAUGCUGAGCGGGUACGCGAUUGCCGGGUGGGUGCCCGUGCUGCGGCCGCUAACGUGGUGGCCGUGGCUGCUGGGCAAGGUGAUGGGGAGGGUGGUGGAUAGGUGGGAUAGUGCGGGGCGGUGGAGGGAGGUGGUGAAGGGGGUGAAGGGGAGGGGUGGGCGGUUGAGGUUGAGUUUGGUCCAUGCGAAGGAUGAUUGGGAUAUCCCGGCGCAUGAGGAUGAUAAGGUGUUUAAGGCCGCCGUGGAGGGGUUGACGGGCGGUGAGGUGGAUGGAGAAGAGUUCGAGGCGGAGAAAAAGACGAGGAUGGUGGUUAGGGGGAAGAACUCGUUUAUUGCGACGUGGGAGGAGGGCGAUAUUGUGGUGAGGCAGGAGCUGUUCCCGCAUGGAGGACACAACUCGAUUUUGACCUCCGCUCCUGUGCUGGUUGCUGUCAUGAAGUCAUUUGACCUCGAUGAUGAAUUCGCCCCUUGA